UUAUGUUUGAUGUCACACGAAAUCGAAGACUUACAAGCGAAAACCGACAAACUGGUCGAAGAAGCAGCAAAGACGGGACUCCAGGUGAACACAGAGGUCAUGAAAAUUACCAAACAACAACAACAACAGCAGCAACAUCCAGCGCCAAUCACCAUCAACGAGAGGGAUUUGAAAGAGGUUACUUCUUUCACUUAUCUAGGGAGCAUUGUCUCAACUACAGGAGGAACGGACGAGGAUGUCAAAUCGAGAAUCGGGAAGGCGAGAAACACAUUCAUCAACCUGAAACCAAUCUGGAAAUAUUCGUCACUCAGCAUCAACAACAAAAUUCGAAUUUUCAAUACAAACGUCAAGUCAGUUUUGCUAUACGGAUCAGAAACUUGGCGGGUCACCAAGAGUAUUUUCAACAGGUUGCAGACCUUUAUCAACAACCGUCUUCGCUCUAUACUGAAGAUCAGAUGGCCGGAAAGAAUCACCAACAAGAAACUAUGGGGACAAACGAAACAAGAACCAAUAGCUCAACAAAUAUGCAGGAGAAAGUGGAGAUGGAUUGGACACUCGCUGGGGAGGCCAUUGGGUGACAUCACGCGCCAGGCCCUCGAGUGGAACCCGAAAGGGAAGCGGCGAGUGGGACGUCCAAGGGUAACAUGGGGGAGAUCGUGUGGAGAGGAGUUGAAACAGCAUGGACUAACAUGGAUGCAAGUGAAAAAGUACAACAGAAGUCAGAAGCAAGUGGAGGCGUGCAGUUGAAGCCCUAUGUUCCACUAGGAACACAAAGGAACAAUAAUUAUAAUAACAGUCACCGAUGAUAUUCGUAACUGUGUUUGUCUGGAUUAUGGGGAGACUUUGGGGAGCGAGAAGACA